UGCUGACGUAUGAACCCUGUUCUAGUUUGUGAGUGAAGGAAAAUGGACGGAUUGUAGUAAGAAACGAUUUCAGGUCUUUGGACCUUCGGACAGUCUUAGUUGGUCAACGGAUUUAAGCGAAUGCAGUUUUAGUGAUAAUAUCUGGAAUAGCGCACGUUUGUGUUUCAAGUUAAAUAGUUGUUUAUCAAUUGACAACACAAGUUUGACGAAAAUGUUGGAGGUUGAGCAUCAGGCUUUUUAUAACUUAUCGCCAAGAAGACCAUCAAGUCUAAUGUUAGAUCGUGUACUUGCUGCAUUGCCCUCACUGGAUAUGGACCCAAUCAUGGAAGAUAUGGAAUUGAGGAACAGUGAAAGUUCAACAAUGAACCGCCGUCCAUCCAGAAACAAGAAGAAACGUCGAAAGGAGGACCAACCAGCCCAAAAAUUUAAUGAUCUUUACACCUCAACUGGGGAAAAGCUGGGAAGUGGUGCUUAUGCCUCUGUAAGCACAUACCGCAAAAAUACCACCCAAAAACAAUAUGCUGUAAAGGUUAUUGAAAAAGAUUUUGGUCGGUCAAGGAAGAAGGUAUUUAAAGAAAUAGAAAUUUUUCACCUGUGCCAAAAUGAAGAGAAUAUUCUACGUUUACAUGAAUACUUUGAGGAGGAGGAACGGUUUUAUUUGGUGUUUGAUUUGAUGCAUGGUGGAACACUUUUGAACAACAUUGAGAGAAGGGGACAUGUGACGGAGUUUGAAGCAAGUUUGGUUAUUAGGGAUAUUGCCAAAGCUCUUCACUUCCUCCAUAAGAAAGGGAUUGCCCACAGAGACCUAAAACCAGAAAACAUUUUAUGUGAGAAGAACGAUGAGGUUGUUCCGAUCCGUAUCUGUGACUUUGACCUUGCCAGUGGUGUACCUAUCAAUAGUCAGAAUGACAAUUGCACCACUCCUGAACUCCUGACCCCAGUAGGUUCAGCCGAGUACAUGGCACCAGAAGUUGUGGAUGCUUGGGUUGGCGAAUCAUUUUCCUAUGACAAGAAAUGUGAUCUCUGGAGUCUAGGAACAAUUUUAUAUAUCAUGCUGUGUGGAUACCCCCCUUUUUAUGGACAAUGUGGAGAGGAUUGUGGAUGGGAAAGAGGGGAAGCUUGCCAAUCUUGCCAAGAAAAUCUUUUUACAAGGAUUCAAGAUGGCAUAUUUGAACUUCCUGAGAAUGAGUGGAGUGAGAUAUCUGAGGAGGCCAAGGACUUGAUCCGGAAGCUCCUAGUUAGGGACCCACGUAAAAGGUUAUCGGCCAAGGAAGUCCUGAAUCAUCCCUGGGUGACAACCCCUCCCCCUCCCACCCCGCUGGCAACACCAAGGAUCCUUACAAGGAAUAACAGUACAAAAGAUCUGGAAUGCUUUGCUGGAGAAGCAGUCUCUAUCAACAGAAUGAUGCAACAGCAUCUACACAUAAACGAGGCACCAUCAUUUUUCAUCGGUCGUAGGUCUCGAUGCGGCGAAGAUAGCCAAGAGGACGAGGAUGAGUCUGAUGGUAGCCUUUACAAUGGCGACUCCAUGGAAGUGCCCAGUAUCAAACUGUCACCACCUUGUUCAGGCCUUGCUAGGCGAAGGGGGAACUUUUCUGAGGACAAUUCUGACGUCAGUAGUGAUAGUGGACUGUCUCUACCUAGUUCACAUUCAUCAAAUUAUGCUAUCAGUACGUAGUACUGGACUGAUGAAGGAACCAAGACUUUCUCAAGUGUGGAAGUGUUGUGUGACAGAAGAGUGUGUGUUAUGUGUGGUGAGAGAGUGCUCAUAAAAAACAUUAGCCAGUUGUAUUUGAGAUUACUAUCAGGGAUUUUAUGUUGAUGUCAAAAUGUGUGUUUCUCUGUCUUAACAAACAUGAGAAUAAAGUUUGACAGAUAUUCUUCGAAAAAAAUUGUUUAAAAGAAGAAAAUAAUCCAUUGUCUUUCAAAUAGAUUAUUUAGGGAGAGAAACUUGUGAUGAUCUUAUAUUUCCAUGAAACUCAAGGGGCAGUAUUUAAGUGCUAACACGACAAUUACUGCUAAAAAGCUGAUUAAUCCAAGAUGAAGAGUUGUGAUUUUAUGUACUCUAGUUAACCCUCAUGUGUCUUUUUAUGUUUGUAGUUUAAUAAUUUGUUUUCACCUUUUUUGUAAUUUUACAUGUUAUUUUAGUAUAAAUGUUUUUAUGUAUUGUCUGGGUUUGGGGGGAGGGAUGUUGGGGUAAAAAAAAAUUGUUAUGUUUUGGCAUUAUCCACAAUUGUGAAACAUGAAGAACUUCGUUUGAAGGGAGCCAAAUUUUAUUGUGUUCAACCUUUGUGGAGUCGCUACAUAAAAGUAUAUCUUGUCUCAUGAGAUUGUCAGCUCCUCACUAGCCAGUCCAUCCAUGGCUGGGUACCAUCUGUGUUAAAUACAAUAUUGUCAAACAAUACCUCUUUACUGUUCGAGUUGCCGACUAGUCGUAUCUUAAACAUUUCAUAUGAUUAUUUUGAUUUUUGCUUAAUAAACAUUCCAUUUCAAAUUAAUGGUCUAUCAGACAGUCACUUCAUUUGAGUCACUUGCAUUUCACAGUCAGUCACUUGCAUUUCACAGUCAAAGAAAUUACUGAUUUGGUGCAUAGAUUUUAAUUUUUUGUUUUAAUUCAAAUUAAGAUUCCUUUCCAUGAAAGCAAUUAAACAUGUUACUUAAGCAGUAUUUUAUUUAAAUAAUGGAUAACGGCAAUUAAUUUAGUUUGUGAUCAUGAUGUAAACCAAAAUCUAGUGUUGCUCAAAAGAAACAAAGAAUCAUAACAAUGAUCUUGUAUAAUGUUUGGGGAUUAUGUGUUGUGUAUAUGUGUGAUUUUCUAAGAACACAAGUGCCAUUCCAUUUUGUUCUAUUAAACACCAGACUUAAUCUCUCUAAAGGUGCAUGAAAGAUAUCUAUACAUAUGUAUGAUACAUACUAUAUUUUUGUUUUGAAAUAUUGUUGUGGAAAAAUCUGUGCUUUUAAAUUACAAAUGUUAUUCCAACUCUGUUGAAAUGAAUAUAUGUUGCUCUAUCAUAGUUAAAAAAUAUUUUCAUAUGCAAUGUAGAUGCUCAUCUAUUAAACUGAGUUCCAUUUGCUAAGUAAGCAUUGUCAGGACGGUAAUGUGUUCACAGUUUUGCAAUGGCAGCCGAUCAAGAUGUACAAAAAAAAAAUACUGCAAUUAAGUUUUAAUAUGGCUUCAUACUUCAGUAAAUGUCUUUGAUUUUCGUUAAUUUUAAUUUUUCGAAAUAAAAGUUGUUACCUUAAAAUUUUGAACAAAUUUUUUGAUGGAAUGUAAAUAUGUUUUAGGUGUUGAAACGGUGAAUUUUAUAUACAAAAAUUUUUAUUUUCUUAUCAACAAUUCAAUAUAUUUACUUUUUUAACAGAUUUCUUUAAAUUCAAAGGCAUUUACUAUAGAUUCAUACAAACAGACUUUUUGAUUUGUUUGCAUCAAUUUCAUUUUACUUUUCCAAGCAUUUGUAUGUCUGUGCAAAUAGCUUUACAAAGUCAUUCAUUCCAAGAAACCUAGAUACCAUAACAGAAAAACCUCAUCAUUUGAUAUGAUCCAUUACAUUAGAAAAAUGAUGUUAUUGCUGUACGUACAUGUGUUCAUUUGUGUGUGUCGCUGUUACAUGGAGACAAUGUAAUGUAAUUGGCAAAGACGGUUGUAGCCAAGGAUAUCGGCUUUGGUUGCAGUGUUUGUGCUAGUGUGUUACUGCAAGUCCAUGAACUGAUCACAAGUAUAAGAGUGUAGACAUGUGUACAUAGUGUACAUACAUGUAUAUAUAGACUGACAUUUUGGUCCCAAUAAAUGGCAUGUAAAAAGGCAACUUUUGUUUCCAUAUGUAAAUAUAAUUCACUGAUCUCAAAAAAAUAAAAUAAAUACAGAUAAACAAUACGUUAUUGUACAGCAUAUCACAAAGGUCUGAAUUAUCAAUGGACUACUUACAUCAGUGUCUUGUGACUUGUAAAAAAUACAAAACUAUUGAAAAGUACUUUUAAGCUCAAAUUCUGUUUUUCGGUUCUAAAGAUGUUCAAAAUUCAAAUUGGAGAAAAGAAAUGCAUUUUUUUUUUGUUAAUUUAGAUAUUUCCGAAAAAUCCCAUUAAUGUAAGAAAAUAUUUUGCAGAAAUGAUUUCAUAUAUUUGUUUCCAUUAUAAAUAUAAGCUCAUAAUGUUUAUAGUUCCAUCAAACCUGUAAAAUAUUUUACUGUUUGGAAAUUACUGGUAUUGUCAUGUAAGAUAUUGAAGUGUAAGAUGUUUGGAUUGCAAGACAACUCAGUUUUGGGCACAAAAUGUCCAGAGCAAAAUGUUAAUGCCUUUAAUUUUAUUUGUAUAAAAUAUAUCUAUAUAGGCAAGUUUGUUGCCAAUUUCAAAUUUGUUUUGGUGGCUUCAACAAGGAAGCUAGUGUUAAAAGUAAAGUAUAUUACACUCAUUUUUGUAUUUUCACUAAAUCAGCAAAUUAAGUGUAGCAUGGGAUUGACUAAUUUGUCUUGGUUUUUCAGUUUAAAAAAAGUUAAGAUGCUGAAAGCUAGAUUUCCUGUGAUAUUAUAUAAAGAUGUGUUCAGCUGUGAUUAUUGAACGUCAUAUUGACUCUAGUAUUUUGACUGUUAAAGUAUUAUUGCAAAUUUGUUUGAUUCAGAAUUUGAAAUAAUUUGUUUAAAGAAAUUUAGUUAAUAAUUCUUAAAAUUAUAGAUAUUUUUUCUAUUAACUAAAUGUGUUGAUUGAAAGAAAAAAAAUGGUGUUAAAAUUUUAUGAAUUGGUGAUUGAGGAACAUUCGAAGUGUGUUACAUAUCAGAAAGUACUAGUUUUCUAACAAGUCAUGUUCCUUGUAUUUGUUUUCUUACUCAUUGGUGCAAUUUAAAAUAUUAAGCGAUAUUUAUACAUUCAACCAAUUCUUCAAAGCAGGUUGCUUACAUUGCAUGGAUUGUGUAAAACUAAAUCUGACAAGUUACAAGGUAUCGUAACAAAAUAAGAAUUGAUGGCAUGUAAUUUUGACUGUUAAUGCUAUCAGGUUUGGCAACUCAACAGAAUUGAGAUUCUCAAAAAUGUGAUUUUGAAUAAGGUACUACAUGUAGUGACAAAGCAUUUGAUUCACUUGUGAAAAAAUUGUUUUUAUCGAUGCAUUGAGAAAAAAUAAAGUACUUUGAAUUCUA